UCCUCCCUCUUCUCAGCCUGAGUCGCAUUUGGGGAUUUUGGAGUUGAGCACCAUGGCGACUCCAAAUGAUCAGGCGGUGUUGCAGGCCAUCUUCAACCCUGACACCCCAUUUGGAGACGUUCUUGGGUCGGAUUUAGGAGAGGAAGCAGAAAAGGAAGAACUGGAAGAAGAUGGAGUUUUCCCUCAAGCACAGUUGGAGCAGUCCAAGGCCCUGGAGCUGCAGGGGGUGAUGGCAGCAGAGGCUGGGGAUCUCAGCACAGCCCUGGAAAAGUUUAGCCAAGCCAUCUGCCUGCUGCCUGCGAGGGCCUCAGCCUACAACAAUCGAGCCCAGGCCCGGCGACUCCAGGGAGAUGUGUCAGGCGCCCUGGAGGACCUGGAGCUCUCCAUUUGUGUUUCCGCGCAUGGUUCUUUUUGUUUCCGGAGAGAAAAUUCCUGGAGGAAUUGCUAG